AUAUUCCUAUGUCCAUGAUAAUUACAUAUACUAGUAUAUACAUACAGUUCAUAUGGAGCGUGUCACUUUCAGCGGUGGGUGUUUCAAGUGCGGGAAAUAAGUGUUGAGUUUUUUUAAGAAAAAGAAAAUGCCAAUGACACCUGCUAUAACGGGAGUAGAAGAGCAAGAAAAACUACUUGAAGAUGCAAUUGGUGUGGUUAAAGUACAGGCUUUCCAAAUGAAACACUGUUUGGACAAAUCCAAAUUGAUGGAUGCAUUAAAACAUGCAGCUACAAUGUUAGGAGAACUUCGAACAUCUCUUUUAAGUCCAAAAAGUUACUAUGAAUUAUAUAUGGCUAUUACUGAUGAACUAAGACAUUUAGAACUUUAUUUGUUAGAUGAAUUUCAGAAAGGGAGAAAAGUUACAGAUUUAUAUGAAUUAGUGCAAUAUGUUGGAAAUAUUGUACCUAGACUGUAUCUACUUAUCACUGUUGGAUUAGUAUAUAUCAAAACAACGCCUGGAUUAAAAAGAGACUUAUUAAGAGAUUUGGUAGAAAUGUGCAGAGGAGUUCAACAUCCUUUAAGGGGUCUCUUUUUAAGAAAUUACCUACUACAGUGCACUCGUAAUAUUUUACCAGAUGUUGCUGAAGAAGAUGAUGAAGAUGGAAGUGUCCGUGACAGUAUAGACUUUGUCUUAAUGAAUUUCGCUGAAAUGAAUAAAUUAUGGGUACGCAUGCAACAUCAAGGUCAUACUAGAGAUAGAGAAAGAAGGGAAAGAGAAAGAGAAGAACUUAGAAUAUUAGUGGGAACUAAUCUUGUACGACUUAGCCAGUUGGAAUCAGUUACUUUAGAGAAAUACAAAAAGCGUGUUUUACCAGGCAUUCUAGAACAAGUAGUCAGUUGCAGAGAUGCAAUUGCUCAAGAAUAUCUUAUGGAGUGCAUAAUACAAGUUUUUCCUGAUGAAUUUCAUCUACAAACAUUAAAUGCAUUUUUAAAAUCUUGCGCUGAGUUGCAGAAUGGUGUAAAUGUAAAAAAUAUAAUUAUUUCGUUAAUAGACCGUCUUGCAGCAUUUAGUCAAAGAUCAGAUGGUGUGGGAGGACCAGGAAGUCCUAAUCAAAUACCGGGAAUUCCGCAGGAUGUAAAACUUUUUGAUGUUUUCAGUGAUCAGAUAGCUAUAAUUAUACAGACUAGACAAGAUAUGCCCCCAGAGGACAUAGUUUCUCUUCAAGUAGCCCUCAUUAAUUUAGCACAUAAGUGUUAUCCUGAUAGAGUAAACUAUGUGGAUAAAGUUUUGUUAACAACUGUUCAAAUAUUCCAAAAGCAGAAUGUAGAUAAGCUUGAGUAUAAUAGUGCUGUAUCAAGAGAAUUAGUGAGACUAAUGAAAAUUCCAAUAGAUAACUAUAAAAACAUCUUAACUGUUUUGAAGCUUGAGCAUUUUGCUCCAUUACUAGAUUACUUUGACUACGAAGGCAGAAAGUUAUUAGCUAUUUAUAUAAUAACAAACAUUUUAGAAAAUGAGACUUUAAUACCAACUCAAGAACAAGUAGAUGCAGUUCUUUCUAUGGUAUCUCCAUUGGUACAAGACCAACCAGAUCAACCCAACAUAGAAGAAGAUCCUGAAGACUUUGCAGAAGAACAGGGUCUUCUUGGUAGAUUAAUACAUCAUUUUAAGUCUGAGACUGCUGAUCAACAAUAUAUGAUAUUAAGUGCAGCCAGAAAACAUUUUAGUGCUGGUGGAAAUAAGAGAAUAAAAUAUACUCUACCACCAAUUGUAUUUCAAGCUUACCAACUUGCUUUCACAUAUAAGGGAUUAAAGGAUCAAGAUGAAAUGUGGCAGAAAAAAUGUCAAAAGAUCUUUCAAUUCUGUCAUGCAACUAUUACAGCUUUAAUGAAGGCAGAACUGGCUGAACUGCCAUUGAGAUUAUUUCUUCAGGGUGCAAUAGCAAUAGGAGAAAUUCGUUUCGAUAAUUUUGAGAUGGUUGCUUAUGAAUUUAUGAGUCAAGCAUUUUCAAUAUAUGAAGAUGAAAUAAGUGAUUCUAAGGCGCAGUUAGCAGCUAUUACGUUGAUCAUUGCUACAUUUGAGCAAAUGAGUUGUUUUUGUGAAGAAAAUGCAGAACCAAUACGCAAUCAGUGUGUUUUGUAUGCUAGCAAAUUAUUAAGAAAGCCAGAUCAAUGUAGAGGGAUUGCUAUUUGCUCUCAUAUAUUCUGGUCUGGAAAAUCAUUAGCAACUGGUGGAAAAGAGAUGCAAAAUAAAUCUAGGGUAUUAGAAUGUUUAAGAAAAGGUAUCAAAAUUGCAAAUCAGUGCAUGGAUACUUCAGUUCAAGUACAAUUGUAUGUAGAACUAUUAAAUCAUUACAUUUAUUUCUACGAAAAAGACAAUACUACGUUCACUGUUGAUAUUGUAAAUCAAGUGAUCGCAAAGAUUAAAGAAGAACUCCCCAACCUAGAAGUUAGUGAAGAAACAGAACAAAUUCAAAAACAUUUAGCUAAUACAUUAGAACAUUUAAGGAAUAGAAUGGAAUCUCCAGAAACGGAUAGUCUAUCAUAUCAAGGACUUGUUCUUUAAUGUAACUAUUGUAUGCGAUAAUUUUGUACAUAAAGCAUCUACUAAUUAUUUUAUGAAAUGAAUAUAAAUUCUAAAGAUAAACGCUUACUAGGUAUAAAUCACCACAAUUUAAACCACAUCAGUUUGCUUACAAAAAUUGUUAAUAAUGUAUCGCAAUUCAUUUGUUGACUCAUGAAAUAUAAUCUGUAUAUUUGUUUUAACAAAA